AUGUUGCUGCAAUUCUAUGACCCUGAGCUACGAUGCUUCACCUUCCAAGAUUACCAGUUGGAUCCAAUGUUGGAGGAGUAUUCUUCUCUUCUCAGAAUUCCUAUCAAAGAGGAGGUUCCAUUUAUGAGUGUUCCCGAAGAGCCAUAUCUUCAACUGAUUGCAAAUACCCUUUAUUUGGACAUAGCUGAUUACUAUGUUGAUAAUGGAAGUUGGGUGGUUUUUAAUAGACUGCUAGCUGUGAUGGUGUAUGGAGUUGUAUUAUUUCCUGAUGUGGAGAAUUUGAUUGGUCUAGCUGCUAUUUGCAUCUUUAUAGGAAGGAACCCUGUUCCUACUAUUCUCUCCGAUACUUAUUAUGCUAUCCACUCCCAACAUGGAAAGAAAGGUGCAGUGGUUUGUUGUCUACCUUUGCUUUACAAAUGGUUCUUGAUUCAUCUUCUUGUAAAAGGACCAUUCGUAGAAAGACGAGGUACUUUGAAAUGGUCCAAAAGGGUGAUGGCUUUGAAUUCUUUUGAUAUAACAUGGGCUUAUGUUAUGUAUGUUACUGAGAUGAUCAUUAGCUGUGGGGAGUUCUCCAACGUUUCUAUCAUGGGGAUGAAAGGGUGUAUCAACUAUAAUCCUGUAUUGGCUAUCCGUCAAUUGGGAUAUGCUUUGAGAUAUGAGCCCAAAGCUCGAGAGAUAAAAGCUUCAGCUUGCUUUGCUAAGAAGGAGAAUCUUGAGUUCGUUGGAAAGAGUGAAGACAUCUUGGCGGAAAAUCCAUAA